UCGGCAAAGCAAAAAUGUCUGCCUAAGGGAAACUCGUAACUGAUAUAUAUAGAGGAUAUUUUCCACACCUUAUUGCUGUUUUAAAGCCACGUUUUCGCAGUUUGGAGGCGUGUUGCCACAAAGCGACUCUCCACCAGAGCACCCUAGUCGGGAUUUUAAUCGGAAAACAGGUUUCUAGAUCGCCAGGAUGAAUCCUCAGCAGCGGAUUGCCGCUCUCGGAACAGACAAGGAAUUAAGUGACCUGCUUGAUUUUAGUGCGAUGUUUUCUCCACCUGUAGGCGGAGGGAAAAAUAGGCCUACCACACUGGGAAGCAGUCAGUUCAGUGCUUCAGGUAUGGAUGAGCGGACCAACCAAGCGUCUUGGGCCCCAGGUGGCGAGUCCAGUCCUUCCUACGAGUCCUCCCGGGGUUUCGCAGACAGCCCUCAUUACAGCGAUCAUUUGAGUGACAGUCGAUUAGUGUCCCAUGAAGGAUUGUCUCCAACACCUUUUAUGAACUCAAACAUAAUGGGUAAAUCGGAGCGAGCUUCGUUUCUUGGCUAUGGGAGGGACCCUGGAGCAUCUGGCUGCCAGGUGAGUUUCUCAUCAGAUUGACACUUGAAAACAAGCCAGGCGUUA